CGGAUCUGUUGCUGUUUUACUUCCGCAUUGAAAUCUGAUUUUUAACCUUCAAAUAAACGUUAAAAUACGGUUUAUUUAAUCUUAUUAAGGUUUAAAAUCUUCCCAGGAUGAGUCUGUCUCUAAGAAAUGAACUUUCAGCGGAUAAAACGAAGCGUAAGAAGAGACGAGAGCUCACCGAGGAUCAGAAACAUGAAAUCAAAGAAGCUUUCGAGCUGUUUGACACCGACAAAGACAAAGAAAUAGAUUAUCAUGAGCUGAAGGUGGCGAUGCGAGCGCUCGGCUUCGAGGUGAAGAAAGUCGAUGUUCUGAAGAUCCUUAAAGACUACGACAGAGAAGGAAACGGGAAAAUCACAUUUGAGGAUUUUAAUGAAGUCGUGACCGACCGCAUCCUGGAGCGAGACCCGAAGGAGGAGAUCAUGAAGGCCUUUAAGCUGUUUGAUGAUGAUGAAUCAGGAAGGAUCAGCCUGAGGAACCUGAGGCGAGUCGCUCGAGAGCUCGGAGAGACCGUCGGCGACGACGAGCUGCGAAGCAUGAUCGACGAGUUCGACACUGACGGAGACGGAGAGAUAAACCAGGAGGAGUUCCUCUCCAUCAUGACGGGAGAAUCAUGAUGAGCUCCGAGCGAGUCUGAAGAAGAUUUUACCGACGCUGACGACAAACUGAACGUCUCUCAGAGCGACGCAAAGCUUUCUGUCGAGGGUCUGAAACCGACUUCA